AUGGUCUUCAAGGUCUUUGAAGCCAUGCUUGGUUCGAAUUUCGCCGAAGGUCAGGUACCCCAUGACACUGUCGACACUGCGAUACAGCUUCCCGAAGAUGAUUCCAAUGGUAUGAAGCCGAUGCUCCAGCUCGCACACUGGGAGGUCAAGAACCCAGACGAAAGCGACGCUCAGCACCUUCCCGCGAUCCUCUUGGCUUGCGACAAGUACGACUGCUUCGAGACCUUUCGGUACUUGCUCACCCCGGUCUGGGUGCGGUGGCUAGAGACCUAUGUUGACAAGGCGCUACCCGAUCUGAGGAUGCUGAUGGAGGCGAUUUGCAUGUGCCUAUCGUUCGAUGAUAGCGAUCGUUUCGAAGACCGCAUGGAACUUCUACUCACGAACGGGUCUUCGAUUGAUGUCCGGAGGUACUCUGCACGGUCGCCGCUGGUGCAGAUCAUGCCUGCCGAUUUCCGUGAUGGUCUUAUCGCCGCUCAAGCCCGUGUUCUUACUGGCAGUCGCACGUGGUUGCUGGAGCACCUGGGGUCUUUUGCCCCUUGCCUGAUGUCCCAUGACCCGCCCUGCGCCCGAAUAGAGCGGCGACUUGGACGUAUCUACCACUCUAUUGGUAAUACAGCUUCACCGAUACCGACGACCAUGCAUGGGACAAUACAUACAUACCGGCGGCUUUAG